AUGACAGGUUUCCAGAUCAAGCCUUUCACAUCACUGCGCUUCCUGUCAGAGCCUUCCGAUGCCGUCACCAUGCGGGGAGGAAAUGUCCUUCUAAACUGCUCUGCUGAGUCUGACCGAGGAGUCCCGGUUAUCAAGUGGAAGAAAGAUGGUGUCCACCUGGCCUUGGGAAUGGAUGAAAGGAAGCAGCAACUUCCAAAUGGCUCUCUGUUGAUACAAAACAUAUUUCACUCCAGGCACCAUAAGCCAGAUGAGGGACUUUACCAAUGUGAGGCAUCUUUAGGAGAUUCUGGGUCAAUUAUUAGUCGGACAGCAAAAGUUGCAGUAGCAGGACCACUGAGGUUCCUAUCCCAGACAGACUCUGUCACAGCCUUUAUGGGAGACACAGUGCUACUCAAGUGUGAAGUCAUUGGGGAGCCUAUGACAACAAUACACUGGCAGAAAAACCAACAAGACAUGACUCCUAUCCCGGGAGACUCCCGAGUGGUGGUCUUGCCCUCUGGAGCCUUGCAGAUCAGCAGACUUCAACCGGGGGACAUUGGAAUCUAUCGAUGCUUAGCUCGGAAUCCAGCCAGCUCAAGAACAGGAAAUGAAGCAGAAGUCAGAAUUCUGUCAGACCCAGGGCUGCAUAGGCAGCUAUAUUUUCUGCAAAGACCAUCCAAUGUGGUAGCCAUUGAAGGAAAAGAUGCCAUCCUGGAGUGUUGUGUUUCUGGCUAUCCUCCCCCGAGUUUUACCUGGUUACGGGGAGAAGAAGUCAUCCAACUCAGGUCCAAAAAGUAUUCCUUAUUGGGUGGAAGCAACUUGCUUAUCUCCAAUGUGACAGAUGAUGAUAGUGGAACCUACACCUGCAUUGUUACAUAUAAAAAUGAGAAUAUUAGUGCCUCUGCAGAACUCACAGUCUUGGGUAAGUCAAUGGCUCGAGAUUAG